UCUAUAGGUCAUUAUUUGCAAACUAUAAUGAGUUGAUUUAGUGUUGUUGCAUAUUGUUGUGAUAUACAAAGUAGACUCGUCCUCAAUCUUUGUGCAUCAGUUUUCUCUGGUACAUGGCUAAGGUUGCUGCCAUACUGUUUCAUAUCUUGUUUAUGAAGCCUUGUUCUUGCCUAAUUUUAUGUAUUUGAUCUGUUACGAAAGCAAGAGUACUUUGUGCCAUAUCUGAGUGACCCUCAUCGCUGUUUUCUCUGCAUUUUGAAGAAAUGUGAGGGUUUUUUUUUUUUUUUGGUCCUGCAUUACAAAGGGAAGCUUCAGCAGAGAAUUUACAUUCUGUUCAAUGUCAAAAUUAAAUUUUGCAUUGAUUACACUGCAGCUUUUCCUGACAAUAAAAUUAACCAAAUUGAAUUUAUGAAACCAAUUAGGUUAUUAUCAAAGUUGUAAAUUGCUCAUAACUUUAAAACAAUGCAAUUUUCUUAAGCUGAUCUUUUCCUUUUAGAAACAAGUUGUUUGAAGAAUGGUGUGAUUUAAAUCUGCCUACUUUAGGCUGAAGACUGUAAUAUCCAAACCAGUUAUAACAUUAUAUCUGUUCUCAAAUGUAAAACCUGGGGGUUGAGGUAAGCUGUGGUCGGGGCUAAAGAAGUAUCUAAUGCUGUUUUCUAAACUUAAUUGCCUCGCCUCAGACUUGAGUGAAUUUUUCCCUUAUCUCGUUGUUCUGUGAAUUCUCAAGUUGAAGGGCUAGACAGUUUCAGUCUGCAACCCACAUAGCAGACAGAAAGUAUGCGAAAGUCUUUAGUUAUUGCAAACUACAAAUCUACGGUGGACAUUUCCGUCUUUUUAAGUGGAAACGUGAAUGUGGUUGGAUUGCAAUUAUUCCGUCACCAAAAUUACUUCAGUAUAGCCAGAACAAUGCGGGUGAUUCUUCAGCCCCAUGCGGGGAGUCGAUUGCAUCAGGUCAGUAGUAUCAUCAUCAGCAGCAGCAGCAGCAGCCUGAACUUCUUCUUCCGCCUUAAGUCAGUGCAGAGAGCCAGCGCUCACAUCGGAGACAUCCUGACAGCGAACUUUUAGGAAAUCCAACGAAAUGCCAAAAGAUUAUUUGACCGAGUAUGAGCCUCUGCUCACGAAAGGAGGCAAAAAACCGAAAAGGUUUCAGCUGUUUUGUUUCCAGUUCCCAAACAAGAUUCUCCUGCUGGCCAUGUUUUCGACAUGCAUAGGUGGCACAUUUCAGUGCGGAUACAAUAUAUCGAUCAUCAAUUCGCCCACUAAGUAUGUGCAGGACUUCAUAAACCAGACGUGGAGGCAGCGUUACCAAACAGAGAUAUCUAAUAAUGGGCUUACACUCCUCUGGUCCACCAUUGUGUCUAUGUUUACCAUAGGGGGAUUUAUAGGAGUGUCCAUUGGUGGGACUUUGUCAGUGAAGUUGGGAAGGAGAGGGACUCUUCUCGCCAAUAAUGUUUUUUCAUUACUUGCUUCUCUGUUGAUGGGCCUGAGCUCCUCUGCAGGCUCAUUUGAGAUGCUCAUUAUUGGACGUCUUCUCAUCGGAAUAAAUGCAGGCAUUGCGCUGUGUGUUGAGCCUAUGUUCUUGGGCGAAAUAGCUCCAACAUCGUUGCGUGGUGCCAUGGGAACAGGCUCCUCCAUUUUUCUCACUGGUGGCAUCUUGUCUGGACAAGUGAUGGGCCUCAAGGAAUUGCUCGGUAAAGAACAGUACUGGCCCCUCUUGCUCUCCACCACGUGUAUUCCAACAUUACUGCAGUUGCAGCUGCUGCCCUGGUUCCCUGAAAGUCCGCGCUACCUGCUUAUUGAUAGAGGAGACAAGGAGAAAUGUAAAAAAGCCCUGAAUCAGUUGCAUGGCUCAGAAGGCUCUGACAUUGUGCUGGAGGAUAUCCAGAAAGAGAAGGACAAUUUGGUUGGUUUCAAAGCCAAGAAACCUUGGGAGCUCUUUGCAGAUCGCAGCAUACGCUGGCAAGUCAUCACCAUCAUUGUACUCAACAUAGCACAGCAGCUGAACGGCGUCAACGCUAUGUACUUCUACGCCGAUUACUUGUUCCGACAAGCAGGAAUCUCAGAAGAUAAUAUACCUUACGCCACCGUCGGUACAGGCGCCUGUGAAUGCCUCACUGCAUUAACAUGUGGUAUGCUGGUUGAAUCUCUUGGAAGGAAAGUGCUCAUCUCGGGAGGAUACCUACUGAUGAGCAUCUGCUGCAUUUUAUUCACAGUGACGCUUGCUCUGCAGAAUGUCAGUCCAGUCUUUCCAUACUUAAGCGUGGCUUGUGUGUUUGCUUUUGUCUUAAGUUUUGGCUUGGGACCAGGUGGCGUAACAAACAUUUUAACCACAGAGAUGUUCAAACAAACUACUCGGCCUGCAGCUUUCAUGAUCGCGGGAUCGGUGAACUGGCUCAGCUUCUUCAUUAUUGGCUUGCUCUUUCCCUUUAUUGUGAUCGGGCUGCAGCACUACUGCUUCCUAGUGUUCUUUGUCGUCUGUCUCUCGGUGGGGAUCUACAUCAUCGUCGUUCUUCCCGAAACCAAAAAUAAAAGCUUCGUGGACAUCCAGAAAGAGUUCCAAUCCAGAUGGAGUAAAGAGACGAACUUUGAUGAAGCAGAUGCUUUACUUAUAUCUACUUCUUUAUGAUGGGUCUCUGAGUCAGCAUUAGAGCUAGCUAAGCUAGCUUAUCUACUAAACGAACCAUGAAGAUUUAUUAUUCAAUUCGGUUUUAUUUAUAUAACUGAGGCACUUUACAAAAAAAUAAUUUCAAUUCAAUCAUACAUAUAUUCCAAAUGAUCCCAGUUUUCAAACAGUACAGUAAGCUCAAUUCAUUAUCAUCUGUAGAAAA